AUGGAUUCUCCUCACUCGCAAACAGCGGCACAACCCCGUUCCGCUGCGGACAAUACUGCCCAUCCAGCUGAUACAUCCUCACUUUUCGAGAAUGACGAGACACCAACUUGGAAGAAAACAGCGGGGAGAUUUAUGAAGUCUUGGAAGAGAACAAAACGGGUUACGAAUACGGAUGGUACUGCGAAUAUGAAUAUAGUUUCGGCUGGCGCUGGAGUGACACCGGUACCAGAUGCUGUGAAUAAUAGCAACCCAGGCAAUAAUGAUACGGCUCCAUCUGCUUCGAGUUCCCCCCAGCCACCACGACGCAGGAGAUAUAUAGAUGGUUGGAUCCGAUAUCCGGUGAAGAAUUCAUCGCCGUCCUCCAAUCCUUCAUCAUCAUCACCAUCAUCAUCGACAAUAGCACCUCCCAGCAAAAUCAAGGAUGCAUAUCGAAUCGCGCUCAAGGACAGAUUUGUCCGCAAACACCUCAUCAUUUGCGCUGUAACAGGAUUGUUGUUACUCAUGCUGAUCUCUCUAUACCUCGUCUACGCCAUAAGCUUCACAACCCUCGAAGGGCAAACAUACCACAUAUUCUUCAUCCUACUCAUCAUGAUUAUAGCUAUGGUCUUUUGUCACUCGUUCGCCCGGACAUGUCUACUCGCUACCAAGAUUGCGAGGUAUGGAGCUACAGGUCUGCAUCGUGUACCCAGUGUCGUAGGCCCGUUAGGGUAUGCGCAACCAUCGCAGCCGAUCCAUGUCGUGCUUGCGCGAGAUGAGGAGAUUAUAAUUGAAAGCGCAGCAGCGGAUGGUAGUAAUAAUGUAUCUGCUGCGACGGCGCCGACGAAACUCACCGCGCCGCCGCCGGCAUAUGGUCUCUGGCGUAGCAGUGUGCGCAUAAACCCAAAUCUUCUCUACUGGCAACGAGUGGAAAAUGCGCAAAACCCAGGAACCGCCCCUCAAUCGCACUCCAGGGAAGUAUCCACCUCUAACAGCGAGUCCUCGUCUCAAUUAUCGUCAUCUACAUCUCCGGCAGCAUCGACGACGGCGACGUCCGCAACAGCGGCGUCAAACCAGCCUCGUCCACCGAGCUAUGCCUCUGAUGAUGGAGUUCAGUAUGUUGUUGAGGCGCAGCCGAGGUUGACGAUACCGCAUUACUCGCCAUCUUCAUCUAUGGAGAAACGUGGAUAG